UCUGGGACUCCUCACUGUUCUUCCCGAAAGAGGAGUGACUGGGCCCAUCCGAAAGGGAGUCAACACCUGGAACUCAGCACCUAGGAGGCCACCCAGAAGGACCUGCAGAGGAGCCUAUGUCCUGUGGCCUUGGGAGCCUGCUCACUGGAUCAAGAUGACCACAGCCACCACGUUGGGGGAUGCCAUCUUCUCAUUGAACAUGACCAGGGGAGAGGACUUCCUGUAUAAGAGUUCUGGAGCUAUCGUGGCUGCCAUCGUGGUGGUCGUCAUCAUCGUCGUCGCUGGGGUCCUGAUCCUGCUGAAGAUGUACAACAGGAGAACGAGGAUGAGGCGAGAGCUGGAGCCCAAGAGCCCCAAGUCACCUGCCCCUCCCACUCUGGACCCAAACAGUAACAGCAGCCAGCAGCCUGCGACUGUGACCUUCAGCCCUGCUGAUGUCCACGUGGAGACUCGGUGACCCUGCCCUGGCGUGGUCACCUCCUUGACCGAGAAGCACACACUCCUGGCAGCUUCACUCUAAUUCCUUUCGUUCACACAAUCCCGCAGCUUCAAGCCACCCUUAAUCGCAGUCUACCCGGGCCGCCCCAGCUUGGUCCACAUUCCUGCCAUCACCAAAGAGCUGUGGACAGGCUUUUGCCAUGUGAUGGGCUCACCAAAUGCUAUGGUGGGGAUCCACUAGGGUGAGUUUGGCUCUCACCCUGCAAAGGCUGUAGCUAGAUAAACAGGUGGGAAGACCUAGUCCUGAUGCUUUUGGUCAAGAGUCCAGGGUUGGAGAGUGAAUGCUGAGAAUAUCGGCCCUGGCUGCCCCUGGGAGCGUGUCGGAUUGAGUUCCAUAGGCACAGCUUUGCAAAAUAGAUUUGCAGUCGGCAAUCAGGUGCUGGGAAAUUAACUUGGGCUAACGAACAUGAAAAUCAACCUGGUAAUGGUAACCUGUUCCAGUGCUAAGUGACCCCUAGUUAACUCAUGAUGCUCAGAAUAUUUUCACCCUUUUAGAAAGGUGGUGUCAGGCACGGUGAUGCACGCCUUUGAUCCCAGCAUUUGGGAGGCAGGGGUAGGAGGAUUACUGGGAGUUCAAGGACAGACUGGGCUAGAGUAAGACCCAAAAAUAAAAUUAAAAACAGAAAAGAAAGAAAGAG